UCAAAUAUUAUUACAAAAGCUAUAAUAAUUACACGAUAAGCUAACACUAAGAUAAGAUUUAAACAUAUAAACAUCACGUUACUAACAAUACUGACUAAUUGCCCAGUUAUAAUACUACAAGCAUGUUUAUCAAAUAUUGAUAAACAAAAUUACUAUUAAUGUAUAGAAGCUAGUGCAUCGAGUGACAGUUUUGUGAAAUCUUUGUCGGAAUAUUGCUGCUUUUGUUAAUUAGUUUUUAGAAGAAUUAAUAAAAAUGUCUCAAGCACAAGAAAAUACUGAAAAUGACAAUAAUGAAGCAGAGUUUAGUGAAAUAGAUCCUUUAAAAAGUAAAACAAAAGAUACAGAACAAAAGGAAAAAAGAUCGAACAAAGAUACUAUAUUAAAUGUUCUUAACAACGUGUCAGUAGAACCUACGGCUAUGCUUUUUGUGCUUGCAACUAUUUUAGUAUUAAUAACAUCACAGAAUUUAAGUCUUGAAAAAGCUUGUAGAGUCAAUCUUAAUUAUACAAGUGAAAUUUGUGAUUCUCUUCGCGCUCAGAAUAUGGAGUCACAAAAUGAAUACGAAAAGGAGACGCAAAAAUUGAUAGCAUCAGCUAUGGCUUGGAAAACGUAUCUAACAGCAACAAUACCUUGUGCUAUUGCACUUUUCGUUGGAUCAUGGUCAGAUCGUACUGGACGUAGAAAAAUAUUUAUAAUCUAUCCACUAGUGGGACAAAUUCUUGUGUGCAUUAAUGGUUUGAUAAAUACGUACUUCUUCCAUGAAAUACGCCUCGAAUAUUUUGUGUUGUUUGAGGCAAUAUUUGAAGGUCUAGCUGGAAGUUGGUGUGUUUUGUUUCUUGUUGUGUUUUCCUACAUAAGUUCUAUUACGACACCUGAGAAUAGAACAUUUCGUAUGGGUUUAGUAAAUUUUGGUAUGUCAGCGGGUUUUCCGAUAGGAAUGGGUAUCAGUGGAUUUUUCCUCAAAACGUACGGGUAUUACGGUUGUUAUGGACUAGCGUGUGCAUUACAUGUUACUAAUGUUACUUAUAAUUUAAUAUUCUUGAAAGAUACAACGAUAAAGAAAGAACAAACAAAGGAGGAGGGUAAGGGUUUUCGUUAUAUCUGUAAAACGUUUUUCGACUUGUCCAACUUAAAGGAAACUGUUAAGACAGUGUUCAAAAAAGGCGAAAAUCACAGAAGGGCACGAGUUAUAAUUUUCUUAGCGGUGGUCGCCAUGUUGUUUGGCCCAAUGUAUGGGGAAAUAUCAAUUUUGUACAUAUCGACAAGGUUCAGAUUUAAUUGGGACGAGGUGAAGUUUAGCAUUUUUCAAACAUACAAUUUUGUAGCGCAUUCACUUGGUACUAUUUUCUCAUUAACCGUCUUCAGUAAGCUUUUAGGAUGGCACGACUCACUUCUAGGAAUAAUUUCUACAGUUAGUAAAAUUAUGGCUUCGUUUGUAUACUGUUUUGCACCUAAUCAAAUGAUAUUUGCACUCGGUCCAUUGGUUGAAAUAUUGAAUGGAACAUCAUUUUUGGCAUUAAGAUCGUUGCUAUCUAAGAUGGUUGCUGACGAUGAAUUCGGCAAAAUCAAUUCCUUGAUAUCUCUAAGUGAAACUCUGAUGCCACUCUUCUAUAUUCCUUUAUAUACAAAGACGUAUGCGGCAACAAUGGAUGUGUUUCCAGGCGCAGUAUUCCUGUUAGGUACUGCACUUACUCUGCCAGCUGUAAUAGUGUUCAUAUGGUUGUUCUACGAGCACAGAAGAGGGUUAAGGAAAUCAAGAAAGGAUAAAGGGAACACUCAAUCGUGAUAAUAAUUUAUGAUAUACCUCAUUGUGAAAUACGAGUUUAAAGUAAUGAAAAUAAGUUUUAUAUUUACUAAUUGGCGAAAUUGUAUUGAUCAAUGAUAUAAGUAGAGAGUAAGAAAGAAAUAAUCAACCAUUUAUAGAUGGUUU